AAAAUAAUAAUUAAAAAAAAUAAUUUUAAUAAAACUAUAAUAGUAUCUCAAUAACACUGGCAUUCAGUGCGACAUGACAUUUUGUAAUUGUAAAGUACAAAUACUUGCAGUCUCUCGAUUAAUAAAAACUCAUAAAACGGCUUGGAUGAUGAUUAUAAACAAUUACAAUAAUGUUUUCAACUGCUUUCGAUUGAGUAUAGCAUAUCACACUGCAUCACAUUGAUUUGGUCUUAUUAAAUCAUAUGUUUAGCUCAAUAAAACUAGUUAAUCGAAUGAAGCCAUGACAAAAUGUCCCAGAUGUUCAGAAUGUCCAUCUCACUCAUUUGCAUUCAAUAAAAGUGAAGGAUGACAUUGGCAGUCACAUCUUCGCUUGUGUUCCGAAUGAAAGUCAAAUGCAUGGUGUCCAGUCCACAAACUUACCAUGUAAUGCAUCAAGCCACACCUCUCUCAUUUGUGUGUGUGUGUGUGUGUGUGUAUGUUGAUGCGAGGGUACUCUUCUUCCACUUGUUGCUGAAGUUGCGCGUGUCAGUUUCAUGAAGCCCCAUCACUCACCAGAUGUGGAGCACGAGCUCUCCCGAUGUCUGACGAAGGCGAGUGCCUCCGUGCCUCCUCUUCCCUCUCCUCCUCCUCCUCCUCCUCUCCAGCUUCUGCCGGUCAGACUCCUCUCCCUCAGCCGCCAGGACCCCUGAAGCGGCGGGCAUCUGCUCCACAUCCACACACCGACCACCCGCACACCCGAUCCAGAAACGCGUCUCCCCGCGGUCCACUGGAGUUCAUCACCAGGCGCUCGCCGGCGCGUCCCGGGCGAUACAGCGGCGCGUCUCCAGAGCGUGAUGGUCUCCAGAACCGCGGACAGCGACCCUCUGAUGAGACGCGGCGCCCGGAGGAGGUGAUCGAGACCCCGCACAGCUGCGCUCCACCGCACGCGUCAGAGGUCAUGAAUCGCAGACACACCACCCUGCGAGAGAAGGGCCGUCGCCAGGCCAUCCGAGGCCCCGCGUACAUGUUCAACGAACGCGGCUCCAGCCUCACGGUGGAGGAGGAGCGUUUCCUCGACGCCGCGGAGUACGGGAACAUCCCCGUCGUCCGCAAGAUGCUGGACGAGUCCAAAACGCUCAACUUCAACUGCGUGGACUACAUGGGUCAAAACGCGUUACAGCUGGCAGUGGGCAAUGAGCACCUGGAGGUCACAGAGCUCCUCCUGAAGAAAGACGGGAUGGCCCGCGUGGGCGACGCGCUUCUUUUAGCGAUCAGCAAAGGGUACGUGCGAAUCGUGGAGGCCAUUUUGGCUCAUCCGGCGUUCGCGGGCGGUUUGAGACUGACUUUGAGCCCGCUGGAGCAGGAGCUGCGGGACGACGACUUCUACGCCUACGACGAGGACGGGACGCGUUUUUCUCACGACGUGACGCCGGUGAUUCUGGCCGCUCACUGUCAGGAGUACGAGAUCGUGCACAUCCUGCUGAUGAAGGGCGCCAGGAUCGAGCGACCGCACGACUACUUCUGCAAGUGCUACGAGUGCACGGAGAAACAGAGACGCGACUCUUUCAGUCACUCCAGAUCGCGCAUGAACGCGUACAAAGGGCUCGCCAGCGCCGCCUACCUGUCGCUGUCCAGCGAAGAUCCCGUACUGACGGCGCUGGAGCUCAGCAACGAACUCGCGCGACUCGCCAACAUUGAGACGGAGUUUAAGAACGACUACAGGAAGUUGUCUAUGCAGUGUAAGGACUUUGUGGUGGGUGUUCUGGACCUUUGCCGGGACACAGAGGAGGUGGAGGCCAUCCUGAACGGUGACGUGGACCAGAACCCUCCCACAGAACUGAGACCCUGUCUGAGCCGCAUCAAACUCGCCAUCAAAUAUGAGGUCAAGAAGUUUGUGGCUCAUCCGAACUGUCAACAGCAGCUGCUGACGAUCUGGUACGAGAACCUGUCGGGUCUGCGGCAGCAGUCCAUCGGUGUCAAGUGUCUGACGGUUCUGGGCGUCACUGUGGGAUUGCCUUUCCUCGCCAUCGCAUACUGGAUCAUGCCCUGUAGCAAGUUGGGUCAGAUUCUCCGGAGCCCCUUCAUGAAGUUCGUGGCUCACGCCGUGUCGUUCACCAUCUUCCUGGGUCUGCUGAUCGUGAACGCUUCGGACCGGUUCGAGGGGGUGAAGAACCUCCCCAACGAGACCAUCACGGAUCAUCCUCGACAAGUGUUCCGGGUCAAGACCACUCAGUUCUCCUGGACCGAGCUGCUCAUCAUGAAAUGGGUUCUGGGGAUGAUCUGGUCGGAGUGUAAGGAGAUCUGGGUUGAAGGUCCGCGUGAGUACGUCAUGCACCUGUGGAACGUUCUGGACUUCGGGAUGCUGUCGAUCUUCGUGGCCUCGUUCACGGCUCGUCUCAUGGCGUUCCUCAAGGCGUCUAAAGCUCAGCUCUACGUCGACCUGCACGUGCCCAACCUGGACAUCAGCAACGCAUCACUUCCUGCGGACGUCGCCUACUUCACGUACGCGAGGAACAGGUGGAAGCCGUCGGAUCCUCAGAUCAUCUCCGAGGGCCUGUACGCCAUCGCUGUGGUCCUGAGCUUCUCACGGAUCGCUUACAUCCUCCCGGCCAACGAGAGCUUCGGGCCGCUCCAGAUCUCCCUGGGCCGGACCGUCAAGGACAUCUUCAAGUUCAUGGUCAUCUUCAUCAUGGUCUUCGUGGCGUUCAUGAUCGGCAUGUUCAACCUGUACUCGUAUUACCUGGGGGCCAAAUAUAACCCCGCCUUCACCACGGUUGAGGAGAGCUUCAAGACUCUGUUCUGGUCCAUAUUCGGGCUGUCCGAGGUGAUUUCUGUGGUUCUGAAGUAUGAUCAUAAGUUCAUCGAGAACAUCGGUUACGUGCUGUACGGGGUGUAUAACGUCACGAUGGUGGUGGUUCUCCUCAACAUGCUGAUCGCCAUGAUCAACAGCUCCUACCAGGAGAUAGAGGAAGACGCUGAUGUGGAGUGGAAGUUUGCUCGUGCUAAACUCUGGUUGUCGUAUUUCGAUGAGGGGCGGACGUUGCCUGUCCCGUAUAACCUUGUGCCCACACCGAAAUCCUUCUACUACCUGAUCCUCCGAAUCAAGUCCUGCCUUAUACGCCUGUGCAAGGGCAAAGGUCAUCGGCAUAACAGCGAGCUGGAGAUGGGCAUGCUCAAUUCACGGCCGAAGGCUGAUCGUCAUCGAGCAAAUGUCAGGAGCCGUGAGGAGAACACCUUAAAGAAACCCAUCAAAAACCCCACAAGAUAUCAGAAGAUAAUGAAGCGUUUGAUUAAGCGAUAUGUUCUGAAGGCUCAGGUCGACAGAGAGAAUGAUGAAGUUAAUGAAGGUGAACUGAAGGAAAUAAAACAGGACAUCUCCAGUCUGCGCUACGAGCUUCUGGAAGAGAAAUCUCAGACCACUGGAGAACUGGCUGACCUCAUUCAACAACUCAGUGACAAGUUCGGCAGGAACGCCAAGAAACAACCCUGAGACAGACAGACGGGGAGAGAGAGAGACUGUUUACGUGACAAAAAGUCACGUAAGUAGUUUAGGAAAAGACUCUGGACACUUGAAACACUUAAAAAUGUCUGAAUGUCAUUCAUCAUCAGUGACAGAAUAUCAAAUCAGGUGUCAAUUAACGUACAGAAACACACUUCACAAGCAACACAGCUUAUUUUAAAAUGCUCAAACUGUAGAUCCAGUGUAAAAUAAUGAAGUGUUUUGUUGAUGUUGAUUAUU